GAGUCAGGGCACAAACUUUACGCACAAGUUUCCUUUAGGAGCACAGCAGCGCCGCAAGGUCAGAGACGCAAGGCUAAAAGACACAAAAUUAUUUCUCAUCUGGAAUAAAAUCAAGCCUGAAGAGACUCUUACUUUUCUUUCUUUUUCUUGUACUUUUUUGUGCAAAAUGAACAUUCAGACGGCCAGAUUGUUUUUAAGUUGGCUGAUUCUGUGCAUGGACACCUGUCUAAGCCAGAAAGACUGCGCAGGUGUGGACUGUCCCGUUCUGCAGGGCUGCAUCGGAACGGUUUUAGAGAAGGGUACCUGCUGCCCCACCUGUACUCAAAGGGGCUGCACCUGUGAGGGCUACCAGUACUAUGACUGUGUCCGAGCAGGCUUCCGGAAAGGGAAAGUCCCAGAGGGGGAAGCUUACUUUGUGGAUUUUGGAAGCACUGAAUGCGUCUGUCCUCUGGGAGGUGGGAAGAUAAGCUGUAAUUUUAUUCCGUGCCCUGAAAUUCCCCCCAACUGCAUUGAAAUUGUACAGCCUGCAGAUGGGUGUCAGCAAUGUGGGCAAAUUGGCUGUACCCAUGGCAGCAAGAAGUACGAUGCGGGACACUCCUUUCAGAAGGACCAGUGUCAGGUUUGCCACUGUCCAAAUGAUGGUGGACGGGUAACGUGUUCACCUAUCCCCGGCUGUGACCUUCGUAGUUCUAAUAAGCCGACCACUGAGAACAACAACCCUUUGAGAGACAUUAGCAGCCGUCAUAACAGCCGACAAAUGACUCCCGGAGAACAGUUCUCCGAGCUUGCACUGGGAAACACUUUACCUCUGUAUAAGCCGGACCCACCCAGUUUUGGCACAGGGGAUUAUGACCACACACUGGAAGGGCCCACAUCUUCCACUAUCCAAGAUCUGGCCCAACCACUGGAAUCUACUACAGCACCACCAAAUUACCCAGCGGCAAGCUCCACUUCCCUCAGCUCCCUUGAUGACAGGAGACAUGAGCUCAGGGAGACACAAAGAAGUUCUGAUCCAGAGACCAGCAGUGAGGCUGAGGUCACUCAUAACAUGGAUCCAACGACUACAAAGGAGCAGAGUGAAACAUCCACAACGCUAACAACAACCACACAGAGAGUGACCACGGAGCACCACAGGCCGCAACAAGAACUUGGGGAAAGGACCAUUAGACCCAACAGUGGCAGAAACAGAGUGGCACAGGACACUUUAAAAGACUCAGCACACACCGCCCAUGCAAACAAGGGGACCAGGCCCUCUGGCCAUCAUAAACACAGUCAGGGCAGUCACACAGGGAGUCAUAGUGGCUCCCAUUAUAGCGGCCAUAACGAAGAAGAAAAAGUGACAGUGGAGCCCAGCCAGCCACUCGGUAAAGAAGAGCAGACCUCAUAUCCCACUAUACAGUUCAAUCCCACCAGCAGAGCUCCAGUCAGGAUGAGGGAGGAUAGAGAGCAGCCUCAAAGACAACCCAAAACCCUCUACAACUACCACUCUCAGGAUGUGCAGGGAGACACUGAAGUUCCUGCCAAGGAGCUGUUGAAGACCUGCUGCGAGACAGGGGAGAAGUGGGCUUCAGCUAAUGGUCACUGCAACAACAUGGAGCCACCCGCAAAAGAUAGGCACUCCAUCUGCUGGACCGCCCAACAACAGUGCUGCCGCGGUUCCCUUAGAGAAGGCCGGUGUUUGGCUGGAAUGAACGCAGCCAGAGCUGGAAAGAUGUGUCAAGAGGAUGCCAGCGACAAAUGUGGGAUUGAUUCCUACAAGGAGUGCUGUGACUGCUGCUCUCUGGGGCUGCAGUUUCUCCGUGAGGGGCAUCGCUGUGAAGCCCACCAGUACCUGGGCUUCCACUGCAGACACGUCUUUCUGACGUGCUGCGAGAAGGAGGAGAGCAGCAAUCAAGACGGCUGGCACUCCGUCAGAGAGAGGCCCGCUCUCGACUCCACUCCACAACCAAAAAAAAUAUCCGACAGCCCGUACCCUAAAGAGGCCUUCUCCAUCGGUGAGGAGCGGGACGGGGAGAAUGCAGUGGAGGGUCCUGUUGAUUUUGAGGACGUGGAUGAGUGCCUGAUAUACGAGGGCAGUAUCUGCCACCACAGAUGUGUCAACACUCCAGGCUCUUACCGUUGCGAGUGCCUCCCUGGAUACGCGCUGCAAGAGGAUGCUUUCACUUGUGCACAAGAGACGGUGGACGAGGAGAACAGACUGAAGGAGGACGACAGAGCGGCGGUGGAGCCCACUUCACCUCUCCCGCCUCCCACCCAGCCCGCCGUCCCAUCCAACCCCUGUGAAGGAAACGGCCCAUGUGAGCAAUACUGCACCUCAGUGGGCGGAAGGCCACAAUGCUCCUGUUUCCCAGGAUUCUCUCUGGUGACGGCUGACGGACGCUCCUGUGAGGACGUAAAUGAAUGUUUGUCCGGGAAUGUCUGCCAGUUGGGUGAGCGCUGCGUGAAUACUGCAGGGAGUUAUAUCUGUCAGAGACCGAUCACCUGUCCCCCGGGAUACCAGAUCAACAACGACAUUUGUGAAGAUAUCAAUGAGUGUGUGCAGCGGAGCCAUAACUGUGGGAUCGGUUUCGAGUGUGUGAACACCGAGGGCUCGUUCCGGUGCAACCCCAAACCUCGAUGUCCUGUGGGCUUUAACCGGGACGUACAGGGCAACUGUAUGGAUAUUGACGAGUGUGGUGCUUCGGCCCAGCCAUGUAGCCUGGGAUUCAACUGCAUCAACACUGUGGGAUCCUACAUCUGCCAGAGGAAGAUAAUAUGUAGCCGCGGCUAUCACGCCAGUCCUGACGGAUCCAGAUGCGUUGAUGUGGACGAGUGUCAGGGCAGUCUGCAUCGAUGUGGAGAGGGCCAGCUGUGCCACAAUCUACCCGGUUCCUAUCGUUGUGAAUGCCAGACGGGCUAUCAGUAUGACUCAUUCAGGAGGAUGUGUGUAGAUGUAAAUGAGUGCUGGCGCUACCCGGGCCGCCUGUGUGCCCAGACCUGCGAGAACACCCCGGGCUCCUUUGAGUGCUCGUGUACCUCUGGCUUCCGCUUAUCCGGCGAUGGCAAGAACUGUGAAGACGUGAAUGAGUGUUUGGCCAGCCCAUGCAGUCAGGAGUGUGCCAACAUCUAUGGUUCCUACCAGUGCUACUGCAGACAGGGCUACCACCUCAGGGAGGACGGGCACACCUGUGAAGACAUGGACGAGUGCUCCCAGAGCAUCGGCCAUCUAUGCACCUACAAGUGUGUGAAUGUUCCUGGCAGUUACCAGUGUGCUUGUCCCGAAUAUGGAUACACCAUGUCUCCAAACGGACACUCUUGCAGAGAUAUCGACGAGUGUGCCACGGGGGCCCAGAACUGCUCUCUAGCUGAGACCUGCUACAACAUCCAAGGAGGGUACCGCUGCAUCUCUCUCGACUGUCCACCCAACUACCGCAAAGUGUCCGACACGCGCUGUGAGCGGAUCAGCUGUCCCAACUACCUGGAGUGUCAAAACUCCCCUCUGAGGAUCACCUACUACUACAUCAGCUUCCAGUCCAACAUCGUCAUCCCCGCUCAGAUCUUCCGCAUCGGACCCUCCCCCGCCUACUCGGGAGACAACGUCAUCGUCAGCAUCACGCAGGGAAACGAGGAGAACUACUUCGGCACCCGGAAGCUGAACGCCUACACGGGCGCCGUGUACUUAAAUCGACAGGUUGAGGGCCCGCGGGAUUUCUCAGUUAACGUGGAGAUGAAGCUUUGGAGACAGGGGACGUUUACCACUUUCCAGGCCAAGAUCUUCGUCUUCAUCACGGCCAACUCACUCUAACAGUUGGAGAUGUGCUAUGGUCACUAAGGACCUUUUCCUAUCACUAUUUAACGUCAUAAAGUACACCACUGUCUGCCGUGAUUGGUUUGAGCAGUUACUCUCUCCUCCAGUUGAAGUUAAUAUCCAAACAUUGCUGUUAGAGUAGUGGAAUAUUCAGAAAGGAACUGCUUUACAUCAGUGUCUGCUUUCACCGCAAUUGCAUAAAAAAGUCUGUAAUUAUCUUUUUUUUUUUCUUUAUUUCUCACUUGAAUUGCUAUUGUGCAUGUCAUUCAUUUCCAAAACACAUUCCAUACUCUCAAAAAGCCAUUACAAUCUGAAUCCCAAAUAAUAACAUUAGCUUAAAGAUGAGAGACUUGUCUCCCAGAUUUCUGCUCACAUUCUGCUCUGUGGUGAAAACAGAAGAAAUUGUUUUGAAAGAGUUUCCACGACAGUGCCGCAACGACUAUGUCUCUUUGCUUUCCCCCUGCGCUGCUUUUUGUUUUGUUUUGUCUUCGAAGUAUUCUAUAUUAUAUAAUUUGACUCUAUAUGGUGUAUUUUUGUAUCCCUGUAAUCAGACACAUUAUAAAUGGAUGUAUUAUAUUUCUUAUGCUAGAUUUACAAGUUGCAAAGUAUUUUAGUAAAACAAUAAAAAACACCAAUGUGA